AUGGCGGCCGCUGAAAGCGGGGUUUCGUGCAACCCUCCACAAGAUGAGACGAAAAAUGCAAACACUGUUGUCAGUAGGGAUGUUGAGGAAGUGACACAUUCAUAUCGUCCAAGCAGAUGGCAGAGUAAUAUCACCAUCAUCAGUUGUUACAUCGCCAACUUUAGUGAUGGCUUUCAAAACACCCUCGCCAAUCCCACAAAUAUUAUCUUCAAGCAGGUGCUUGGAGCUAAUGAAUUUUCUUCCGACAUGAAGACUCGCAUGAGCAACUCAGUCAUCGUCGGAGCGAUCCUUGGUGUCGUUGUUUUCGGAUAUACCUCUGAUAUGUUUUCACGGCGCGCCGGAUUGCUCGUCACGUCCUCCCUGGUCGCAAUCGGUACCUUGAUGGCGACACUGGCUCUCCAGGUGCAUCCCUCGAGCAAUAUGCUGUGGUAUUUUGUUGUAGUUCGUGGAAUUGCUGGAUUUGGUGUUGGAGGUGAAUACCCUCCCAGUGCUGCUGCUGGCAUUGAAGAAUCGGACUGGAUCAUGCGCAAAUACAGAGGACCAAUGUUUGUGUCUUUUACGACUUUGAUGGCCACACUCGCCGGUCCGAUCUUGAUGAUAAUCUAUUUGAUCACACUCAUUGCCACGGACAAUAACCUUGUCAUCGCCUUCCACGCCAUUUACUCCAUCGCCACUCUUCUCCCAGUCUCAAUUAUAGUUUUGAGACUGUUCAUGGUGGACUCGUCUCUGUUCCACUAUUCUAAUUUCAAGCGGCAGCGGAAGUCGUGGCGCCUUUGUCUCCUUCUUGCACGACGUUAUUGGUGGAGGCUAUUGACUACAUCGGUCGCCUUCUUUUUGUAUGAUUUCAUCAAUUUCCCCAACAGUAUCAUGUCCAGCACGAUCAUCUCCUCUUUGGUUAAAGAUCACAAUGUCCGGACGACAGCUAUUUGGCAGGUCAUUUUGGCGGCCUUGCCAGUUCCCGGUGUUCUGUUGGGGGCCUGGCUCACUAAUGCGAUUGGACGUCGCUGGACUGGAAUUUUGGGCUUUGCUGGAUAUGUUGUGCUUGGUUUCGUUAUCGGUGGCACGUACUCGAAGCUUUCUCAAAACAUUGCGGCCUUCGUUGUCCUGUACGGUCUGUUGCAAGCAUUUGGUCAUAUGGGACCCGGUGCUACCAUAGGGCUUAUAUCUUCCGAGUCUUUCCCCACUGCCAUGCGGUCCAUGGGAUAUGGUGUCGCGACAGCCUUCGGUAGAACGGGUGCUGCUGUUGGCACUCAGUGCUUUACCCCUCUUCAGGACCGUGCUGGUAACAGCUCUACAUUCUACUUGGCUGGUGGCGUCGCUAUUCUCGGCAUGAUGGUAUACUACUUGUUACCCGAAAGUGGAGAUUUGGAUUUGGAGAAAGAAGAUAAGGAGCUCAACGAGUUUCUUAUGCAGCACGGAUUUACGACUGAUGUGAAAGAGUGA